AUGUUUACACCACGUGACUGCUUCCUGUCCGGCGGACAUUCUCCAACAUCUGCUGGAUCUGUGCGGGACAAACAUCUGCUGGAUCUGACAAACAUGCUGAAGCUCCACAUGUUGCGGGUGUUCGUGGACCAGCGGCUCUCCGCCGUAACGGACGACAUUUUCCACCGUUUCUCUGAAAUCAUCACGGAGUACGAGAGCGAUGUUUUGCAGCUGAAGCUGGAGCUGAGCAGACUGCAGCCUGGAGCGGUGGACAGACCGGGGGACGGACCGGAGGACAGACCGGAGGACAGACCGGAGGACCAGCCUGCAGGUGUUCUGCAGAGUUUCACCCCAGAGGAGCCACAGGUGAGGAGACAGAGCUGCAGAGCCCACGUUAAACUGGAAGAAGGUGGAAGUUCAGCUCUAGAAGACUCUGACAUCAGAACGGCAGCGUGUUCGGAGGCCAAGCCUCACACUGACAGCCAGCGCGCAGGUCUGGGUGUCAAACAAGAAGCAGAUGAAGAUCACUUGAUGGUAGAGAUCAGCUCUCAGCUGGAAGGUGUUCUAGAGGAUUUUGCAGCAGAAGAUGAGCAGCAGGUGAAGGCUUUAAGCCUCAACCUGCACAUCCAACCAGAGCUCAGAGCUCCAGAACGCCAGGGCCCUGACUCCCACCUCACAGUAAGUUCUGCUGUGCAAAUCAAGACGCUGGAUGAAGAAGGAAUACCUCCUUCACAUGAGAACCACGACUGCAGAAAUGAGGAACCUCUUCCAACUCCCUCAGACCCUCUGAGACUUGAUCCUGGAGGAAGCUACGGAUCUGACCACGACUGGAACUCUGCAGGCCGUCUGGAGUUGUCCAGUGAGCACGGUGACGGGGUUCUGUUUGAACCAGGAGACCAGAGCGCUCCGGGGACUCAAAACCCUCUCAUCUGCAACAGCUGUGGCCGAGAGUUCAGCUCCAAGGCGUGUCUGAAGAAACACAUCAGGAACAACACCAGUAAGGACCUGGGGGAGAUGUCCUGCAGUCUCCGGAGACCCAGAGCCCCGUUCCAGAGACCGUCCCACUGCUACAGCUGCAGAGUCUGCCGGAGCUCCUUCUACAGCGGAGGGAUUCUGCUCCGGCACGCCGAGACCCACUGCAGGGAGCUGAACAGCCUGUGUGGGGUCUGCGGGGAGCUGCUGGACUCCACCCAGGCGCUCAUGGAGCACCUGAGGUCCCACAAAGAACUGGGCAGCACCUGCGACGUGUGUGGGAAGAAAUGGAGCUCCAUCAGGAGGAUGGAGAUCCACAAACGGAUCCACACGGGAGAGAAGCCGUACUGCUGCGGCUUCUGCAGCCUGGCCUUCAGCAGGAAGGAGAGUCUGGAGAGACACCUGAGGGUGCACAGCGGGGAGCGGCCGCACGGCUGUGGGCUCUGCAGGAGGAGCUUCACCCGCAGGGGCUACCUGAUCCAUCACAUGAACACCGCACACAGAGCCGCUAAAUAACACUUUCUUAUUUAGGUACAACAAGGUUGUACAUUACGGAAGAGUAUUAGGGCCAGGCAGGAGAAAA